AUGUCGAGGAACAGGCAUGACUUCGACCACCUGAUCAACCUGCUGCUGAUCGGCGACAGCGGAGUGGGGAAGAGCUGCCUGCUGCUGCGGUUCUCGGACGACACCUUCACCACCAGCUUCAUCACCACCAUAGGGAUCGACUUCAAAAUCAAGAGCAUACGCCUGGACGACAAGUUGGUGAAGCUGCAAGUGUGGGACACCGCGGGCCAGGAGCGCUUCAGGACGAUCACCAGCGCCUACUACCGAGGCGCCAAGGGGAUCCUCUUGGUGUAUGACGUCGCCGACGAAGGGUCGUUCAAGAACGUCAGGAACUGGAUGCAUAAUAUUGAGCAGCAUGCAUCAGAGAAAGUCAGCAAGAUUUUGGUCGGCAACAAGAGUGAUAUGGGCAAAGCCAGUAGGGCAGUGUCCUACGGAGCUGGGGAGCAGCUCGCCCGGGAGUAUGGCAUACCUUUCUUUGAGACCAGUGCCAAGACUGGUAGCAACGUAGAGGAG